AUGAAAUUUUCUACCAUCGCUUUAUCUACUUUAGUUGCUGUCGCUACUGCUAACAAGAGUGUCUUGGAUGACAAGAAGAGCGCUGUCAAGAGUUUACUGGACAAGCUGCACCCCGACAAGACCAAGGAUGGGAAGACCGAGGAGCCAGCUACGCCUACUGACGUAAGUGUCACAACUAUUGACGCUGUCUCUACCGUGGAGCCAACGAAGCCAACUCCAGAGGUCCCAACCAAGGAGGUCCCAACCAAGGAGGAGCCAACCAAGCCUGAGCCAACCAAGCCUGAGCCAACCAAGCCUGAGCCAACCAAGGAGGUCCCAACCAAGGAGGUGCCAACCAAGCCUGAGCCAACCAAGCCUGAGCCAACGAAGGCUGAACCAACCAAGGCUGAGCCAACCCCAGAGUCCAAGGUCACCACUGUGGAAGCCGCUUCCACCCCCGGCUGCACCGAAGGUAAGUGCCAGCCAGCCCCAACCACAGAAGGCUGCACCGAAGGUAAGUGCCAGCCAGCCCCAACCACAGAAGGCUGCACCGAAGGUAAGUGCCAGCCAGCCCCAACCACAGAAGGCUGUACUAAGGCCGCCUGCCAGGCAACCACCACCCACGUUUCUGUCGCCAAGUGCACACCAACUGCUCCAGGCGUACCAGCUCCAUGCGAUGUCAAGUCUGAAGAACCAGCAGCACCCUCACCUUCCACCCAAGGUUGCACCGGCGGUCCAGGUUCCCCUUGCGGUUCCACCACCGCCGAACCAGCCCCUGCUACGUUCUCUACUUACGAUGGUGCUGCUGCUGCCGGCGCUAUCGUCAACGUCGGUGCUGUCGUCGGUGCCGUCGCUUUGGCCCUACUCUGA